AUGACUUCCGAGGAAAUAAGCACCGCCAUAUCGACGGGAGUGCUCGAGAUGAAGUUCAUGCAACGAACAAAAAAUCGUUUGGAUGAAGAGCAAAAACGCAAAAAAGAUGAAGCACUGAAGAGAGCAUUCCUGGGCGGUGAUUCGUCUGCAGAAUCGAGUGCUUCUGACGUGAAACGUUCCAAUAAUGAGCAAUCAAAUAGCGAUCUUACCACACCACCCGAAGUGAUCUUCGAGCAGCGGUACGAAGUACUGGAAGAUUUAUGCUUUGGCCGGAUCUCAUUCGGUGGCUUCAAUCCUGAAGUUGAGAAGUUGAUGCAGUAUUACAAGGAUUUAAAAGAAGGUAUAAAGCCAACUUCAGAGGACAUUUUGGGUGAAAUUGAUAUAUCGGAUAAAGAGAUGGCAUUGGCAUUGGGUGGUGGUAAUGCAUCAGAGAGUUUAAGAAAGAAAUUCAAACGAUUCGAUGCGCGAAGGCAACAACAACAGAAUAAUGAUGAGGAACGUCAUGGAAAGAUGCUCAUAACGGAAACAUGUGAGGAGACAGGAAGCAGACGUAGAGGACGGAAUAAUAAUAGUGAUAGAAGUUUUAAGAAUAGAAAUUCUAAUGCUUUUAAUGAUGAUGGAGAGCGUAAUCAAACGCCAUAA